AGUUAAAGCUGUGCGCUUUUUCCAUUUUCUCCUUGUGCCAUGGCCAAAAUCGUUCGUCUUUUUUUCUCUUGCCCAGAGACCUCAAUGGCACCACCAACCAUUGUCUUGCUUCUCAUAGCUUCAUUCUUCAUUUCAACGCAGACCCAUCUCCAAGUCCAAGCCACAGACGACGCCUUCACAUCCAUAGUCAUAUCCCAAAAGGGUCUUGAUUUUCUCAAGGACUUGCUCAUAACCAAGGCUGUUUCUUCCAUAAUCCCACUGCAACUGCCCCAAAUUUCGAAAUCCACGAGGAUCCCAUUUCUGGGAAAUGUUAAUAUGGUGCUCUCCAACAUCACAAUCUACGGAAUCGAUGUUGGUACCUCGUAUUUCAAGCUGGGAGAUGAUGGAAUUGACAUUAUUGCUUCAGGGACCACAUGCAAUCUGAGCAUGAGUUGGUAUUAUUCCUAUAGUACCUGGAUUGCACCUGUAGUUGUUUCAGAUGAAGGUCGUGCCUCUAUUCAGGUUGAAGGCUUGGAAGUUGGGCUCACUUUAGGCUUGGGGAUACAAGAUGGAACUUUAAAGCUUACCCUCAAGGAUUGUGGUUGUUAUGUUAAAGAUAUUUCCAUAAAACUGGAUGGAGGAGCCUCUUGGCUUUAUCAAGGGAUGAUUAAUGCAUUUGAAGAGCAAAUAGGAUCUGCAGUGGAAACUUCUGUCACCAAGAAACUCAAAGAUGGGAUUGUAAAGCUUGAUUCACUUCUGCAAGCUCUUCCAAAGGAGAUGCCACUGGAUGAUAAUACUUCUUUGAAUGUCACUUUUGUGAAUGACCCAGUAUUGAGUAAUUCUUCCAUAGAGUUUGAGGUUAAUGGUUUAUUUGCAAGAAGAAAUGCCUCAGUCUCUAAGUACCACAAUAAGGAUUCACAAGCAUUAGUUUCCUGCUCAGAUUCAUCUAAAAUGCUUGGAAUUUCACUGGAUGAGGCUGUGUUCAACUCUGUAGGAGCUGCAUAUUUUAAUGCAGAAUUUAUGCAAUGGAUUGUGGAUAAAAUACCAGAUCAGUCUUUUUUGAACACUGCUGGAUGGAGAUUUAUUGUUCCCCAACUAUACAAGAAAUAUCCAAACCAUGAUAUGGACUUGAAUGUUUCCUUAUCUUCUCCUCCAGUCGUGAGGAUCACAGAGCAUAAUAUUGAUGCUACCAUAUACGCAGACCUGAUCAUUGAUGUAUUGGAAGAAAACAGAGUAAUACCAGUGGCUUGCAUCUCAUUGGUCAUUCAUGCAUCAGGUUCAGUUAAAAUCUCAGGCAAUAACCUUGCUGGUAGCAUAAAAUUGAAUGACUUUUCAAUGUCAUUGAAGUGGAGCAAUAUUGGCAAUCUUCGCUUGUAUCUAAUUCAGCCAGUGAUGUGGACAAUUAUUCAGACUGUUUUCUUGCCAUAUGUGAACUCACACCUCGGAAAGGGAUUCCCCUUACCAAUCAUUCAUGGCUUCACGCUUCAAAACGCCGAACUAGUCUGCUCAAGUUCAAGAAUUAUGGUCUGCAGUGAUGUAAUUUAUAGCACGGCAUCACGCUCACAGAAUCUUAAUUGGCUUCUGCACAGCUUUGUCUAAGUACAUACAUAAAACAUGGCUUUGUCUUUGCUUAUGAGGGUUCAAAGCAUCAACUUUCCCUCUUUGUACCAUAAAGUUCAAUGUUCAUAUGUAAAGUUCAGACGCAAGAACAACCCUUCUGCUAGUUGAAUUGUGAGAAAUUGUGACCUAACUUCUUGAACGAUGAAACAACACCAAUGUACAUAUUGUAGUUAAAUGUCCAUUCCCCUCAAUGCAAUUUUACCGCUAACUUAUUGCAAA